AAGACAGACAGACAGUUACGCUGGGAUUUGAUCUUUAGUAAUAAUGACUUAGAAACAGGAGUCCGGUAGUAGCAGGCUUCGUGAUAAGUUGUGUUCAUUGAGGUUUGUUAAAGCCUAACUUUUUUCCAUGGAGGUGGCUGACUGAUUUUUACGAAAUAAUUGCACAUUUGUUCAGAAGAUUCCGCAUUUGAUGGUGGUACACCGCACAAAUAGGAUGAACUUGUCCCGGGCAUUUCAUUUUACGUGAUCGACUACUUGUAUGGAUAAACAGUGCAUCAAUCAUUAAUUGGUGCAAAAUACAUUAAAAAACUGGUGAUUCCAUUGAGCGAAAAUUGAAAUCCAAAAAAUUGUUCAUCAUGUCGAAUAUAAAAUUGCCAGAUGAGAAGAACUUGCUAUCACCAGCCCCGAGCAUAGUAGUUACCAGGCAGUUAUCGUCGAGUUCUGAUGCCAGCGCUACGGAAGAUGGGGAGGAAGGAAUGGGUUACACCCCUACGUUGAUGUAUGGUCGAUAUACCAAAGACUUAGGACGUUACGCGCGAAAGUUGAGUCUUGUUGAACAAAAACGAAGAGAAAACGACAAAGCGCGAUAUCAGGAGCUGCUAGCGUUAAACGAGGAUCACAGUAAAUGUUUCGAAAUUUACUCAUGGCUAUGGAGGAAAACGUUUGCCCGGCUCGGCGAAGACUGGGUGAUUCUCGCGCUACUUGGCACCAUAAUGGCGCUGUUGUCCCAUGUACUGGACAAAGGCAUCGCGGCGUGUGUAAAUGCACGAAUGUGGAUAUAUCACGACCUCACCGAUCAUCCAGUGGAGCAGUUCUUUGCAUGGGUGAGCAUGUCCGUUUGCAUGGUGCUCUUUUCGGCUGGUUUCGUUCAUUUGGUGGCACCGCAGGCUAUAGGCUCCGGCAUACCUGAAAUGAAAACCAUCAUCCGGGGUGUGGCUUUGAAAAAUUACCUCACCUUUAGAACACUUGUUGCGAAGCUGAUCGGACUGGUAGCGUCCCUGGGUUCGGGGAUGCCCAUCGGCAAAGAGGGUCCAUUCGUCCACAUAUCGAGCAUAGUAUCACAGUUGCUGAGUAAGUUCGCGUCUUUCAAAUCGAUCUACGCCAAUGAAUCCCACAACACGGACAUGCUGGUGGCGGCCUGUGGCGUCGGUGUGGCUGCAUGCUUCGCUUCACCGGUCGGAGGGGUUCUGUACAGUAUCGAGGUCACUACUUCGUAUUUUGCGGUGCGAAAUUACUGGAGAGGAUUUUUUGGCUCGAUCUGUGGGGCUGCCGUGUUCCAGUUGUUGGCUAUAUGGUUUACCAAGGUAUACACCGUGACCGCACUGUUUCCGACUUCUUUUGAGGAUGAAUUCCCAUUCGGACCUUUGGAAUUGUUUGUAUUUGCAUUAAUGGGGGCCGUUGCUGGUCUCGGUGGAGCUCUUUUUGUGUGGCUGCAUAGAAAAUAUGUACUUUUCAUUCGCGGUAACAAGCGGCUAAACAAGUUUUUGCAACUCAAUCGGUUCCUGUACCCAACCAUCAUAUCCUUCAUUGUGGCUAGUCUUCUUUACCCCCGAGGACCGGGUCAGUUCAUUGCUGGAGGCUUGGACACUCAUCACCAGAUCCAUGAGCUGUUCUCGAAUUUCACCUGGAGUCAACAAGGUCAUACCGUUGAACAAGCAGAAAUCAUAUCAAAUUGGCGUACCGACUAUACAAGUGUACUAGUAAACCUUGCUCUUUAUCUAUUAUUUCAGUACACAUUUUCUAUCAUUUGUACGACGCUGCCAGUGCCGUCUGGUAUGUUCAUUCCCAUGUUCAAAAUUGGUUCAGGAUAUGGACGACUUGUUGGUGAAGCAAUGGCUGUGCUGUUCCCCGUUGGAAUUGGUUAUGCUGGAAAGCUAAUGCCCAUAAUUCCGGGAGGAUACGCCGUAGUAGGGGCAGCAGCGUUUGCUGGGGCUGUCUCACACUCCGUAUCCGUAGGUGUAAUGGUACUAGAAAUGACCGGACAGAUUACGCAUUUUGUUCCCGUGAUGGUUGCUUCGUUGAUUUCGAAUUGGAUUGCGGCGCUGCUGCAGCCAUCAUUGUACGAAAGUUAUAUUCAGAUGAAAAAUUUACCUUAUCUACCAGAUAUAAUGCCAAACGCUUCUGGUAUGUAUAACAUAUUUGUGGAGGACUUCAUGGUUCGUGAUGUCAAAUUCAUCUGGAAAACAAUAUCCUACCAGAAACUGAAAAAAAUAUUGAAGUUGAAUAAAGAGCUAAGAUGUCUGCCUAUUGUGGAGAGUCCGGAAAAUCCCAUUUUACUAGGAAGUGUUCAACGAUAUGACCUAAUUCAAAUGCUCGACAAACAUGUGGGUCGUAAGAAGCGUCUUGAAGUAGCUGCCAGGUGGUUGGAAGAAGAAGAGGAAAGGUUAGAACAGGAACAAAGACAACGAGAAGAAGACGAAGCAAGACUUCAGAGAUCUCGGCGUCCAUCAAGAUUCGAGGUCAGUCCAGCACUUGACGUUCUUGAGCUCCGUACACGUCCCGAUAAUGAGAUGCUGCAAACUCAAGCGAGAGAAGGAAAGUCAACUGAAAAUAGCCGUGACCACACCCCUCAGAGUGCAAAAUCCAUCCUGAAGAAGACAAAUUCUUUACCUAAACUGAGGUCGCAUAGUCCUGCCGAUGCCCCAUACUCGACAAUUACCGGAGGAACAGUUAAUCGGAUACGAUCUGUGCUGGAUGUUGUAUUUCGUAAAUCGGGUACUCUGCAAGAUGUGAAUCACGAUCCCGAGGUUGGUUCCAAUGGAAUGCUGGGUACUUCGAAGAAAGUACAUUUACCAAGGGAACGGAUCAUUGAUAUGUCUAUUGAGGAGCAAAAAACUUGGGAGCGAGAAGAAAUGGCCAAACCAAUUGACAUAGACAAUAUACCGAUCGAUCCGGCACCGUUUCAGCUGGUGGAACGUACAUCCAUGCUUAAGGUACAUUCCUUGUUCGCGAUGGCAAGCAUCAACCUUGCUUACGUAACGAACAUUGGAAAACUGGUCGGCGUCGUGGCUCUUAAAGAGCUACGUCAUGCAGUACAGGACGUAAAUAAUGGUACAUUUACGGCCGUUUCAUCUAAACAUGAACAAGAUAAAGAUGCAAGGGCGAUGGCUGAUAGAGAUAAAAACCAGGACGAUUCAUCCUCCCAGGAACCCUUGCUAUCGAAGGAAGAUCACACAAGUAGCAGUGAGUCGAAAGAAGAGAGCAUCAUAAGCUUCGCCGAUGACUCUGCCACCGAUCUCAAUUUUGAUCGCAUUAGAGCAGCAAACGAUGGCAACAGUAACAUGACCAUUCAAAAUAUCGAUAGCAUUAACUGUAACAACAACAGGAGCAGUUAGUCAGAAUAUAAAGACGAACAUUGCUUUGAUAAUGUGAUCAACUUAGUUUAUAAAUAUUGACUAACAAAAGAUGUGUGCAUUUAUGAAUAUUUGAAAAAAUAAUAUUUGUUUGGUCAGUUUCGCAAUGUUUUACACAAAGAGAACAAAGCUGUAAAUAUUAAAAAUUUUGUUGUAUAAUAAUAAUUUCAGAUUUAGUGACGGA